AUGCAGGGACCAACUAAUCAACUUUCCAAUCUAGAGAAUAUUGGUAAUUUGGAAAUUCAGCUACUGAACCAUACAGCUUCCACCGAUCAAGCUAAAUCUGACACAAUUAGCAAGAAAGCCACGUUGACAAAGUAUCAGGAGAACUUUGACAAUGUGAAUGAUUUAGAAGGAUUUGAGUUUUAUGAUGAGUUAUCGUUCUCAAAGUUUUCAAGCACCAAUGCACUUGCCAAAUCGUUACCGAUCCUAGUACGUGAAGGAAAUGGUGAUGAAUCGCCAUUUAUGAAGAGACUACAAGAGAAGUCUGGGUCAACCUUUAAAACUGAUCAUGCUAGUGCGUUUCGGUCUUCUCCAGUACUGGAUCGCCAUGGUUCCACGAAGCACCAAACUAGCAAGUUUCAAUCGUCACAUCUACUACAAGAAAUACCAGAAACUAAACUUAACAAUUUCAAUGAAUUCAGUCCGGCAAAGUCAAUUGGUGAUGUUAACUCAACGCCGAAACACAAAAGAAGCACUUCAGUGAAGAUAUCGUUGACUCCAGCACAAAAAACGCGGCCAAAGGAUAAUGUACACACACUGACAGCACUCGAUAAUUUUGAAUUUGGUACGUUAAUCGGUAACGGGGCAUUUGCAAGUGUUUACAAAGCAAAGAACUUGGCAACGGGGCGUAUUGUUGCAAUUAAACAAAUACGGCUCGAACAGGACCAAAAUGUUGGUGUUUUGAUGGGAGAGAUUGGUCUUUUGAAAAUAUUGAAGCAUGCAAACAUUGUCAAAUACCAUGGGUUUGUUAAAACGUCAACCACCUUGAAUGUUAUACUUGAAUAUUGUGGAGGAGGCUCGUUACGACAGUUGUACAAAAAACGCAAAAGUGGCCUUCCUGAGGUUGAAAUUGUCAAAUACGUGAAAGAAAUUUUAGCUGGUCUAAAUUACUUGCAUGAACAAGGUGUGGUGCAUAGGGAUGUUAAAGCUGCCAACGUCCUUUUGACUGAUAACGGUGAAGUCAAAUUGGCUGAUUUUGGGGUUGCUUCUAAGGUGAACUCGCAACAUUAUACUGUGGUAGGAACGCCAAAUUGGAUGGCACCAGAAACUGUUCUUGGGGGUGAAGGUCUUUGUACUGCAAGCGAUGUAUGGUCACUCGGUGCGACAAUAAUUGAACUAUUCACAACCAAUCCACCUUAUCACGAGUUGAAUGCAAUGGCCACUCUUCAUGCUAUUGGUACUGACGACCAUCCACCGUUGCCAAAAAACAUAUUAUCCUUGGCACGUGAUUUCCUUUUGGAGUGUUUUCAAAAACAACCAAAUUUAAGAAUAAGUGCAAGCUUGUUGCUUAAACACAGAUGGUUGCACCAGCUGUUGGGUAAUCUGAAUCACGAGAAGAAGAGAAAUUCACUUUUGCUAGCACCGGAUGAGCCAGUUGCAUCGAACUAUUCAAAUCAUGAAUCUACCAAUAAUGUUGACACUGCGAUGCAACCCAAGUUUUCCAGGACUCAAUUAAUUCAAAAGACUAAGCUUUCCAAAAAUGAUCUUUUGAAUAAAUUUCAUGAAGACGAAGAUCGGGAACUGUUUUCGUCAUCAAUAUUUGCAAAGGGUAGUUCACUCCCCAUCUUAAAUAAAGAUACAGAGAAUAAGGAAGAGCAGGAUCCGUUCUUGGAUAUUGAAGUGGAUAAUUUUGACACCAAUGAGAUUGAAAUUCAAACAAAAAUGGAGUACUUGAUGACAAAGUUGUCCCACAAUUUGGAGCAAUUACAUUCUGGUAAUGUGGAUAAUGUCGAGAAAUUAAUCAAAGUGACUGGCAGAAUGCUACACUUAGUCAAAAAGUAUCCAUUUCUGCACGACACCUUUAUUCGAGAUCAUGGUGUGCUUUCGCUCAUGGAGUUGUUGGAGUCUCAUCAAGAUAUACCGAAACAAAACCAGCUAUGGUACUAUACUUUGUCUGUGUUGAACUAUGUGUUUGAGUCAAACGUGGGGCAAUUGGAGAAUUUUUGCUUUCUUGGAGGAAUACCUACAAUAGCGCAUUUUAGAAGCUCGGCUUACGACAAGCGAGUAAGGAUUGAAGUCGCUAGAUUUAUCAACAGGUUGAACGUUUCAAACAAUGCUUUGUCGAUGUUUGUUUCAUGUGGUGGACUUAGAUUGGUUGCCAAGUUUGUUGAAGAGGAUUUUGACACUACCCCCAUAUUCCCUUUGGUUGCUAUUGAUACAAUUCACAAUAUUUUGAUUAGAGAUGUUAGCAAAUCGAAGUCUGAUAUAUGUCGAAUUUUGACCAAACAUGGUGUCCUAUUUUGGUUUGUCGUGUUGUUGAAUAUGAUCUUGAAAAGGUGUCAUCAUUCGAGUUACAGCGUUGCGCAACAAGACGAAUUGGAGCUGGCUGCUGGUAAAAUUGUUGAUGUUCUUCGAUUUUUCAGUCAAGCAGAGACAAAAGUCAGAGUGGCUGUUGCUAAUGUCGAUAUAUUCAAACUUUUGGUCAAGCUAUACGACAAUUUGACUUUUACUCAGCAGAUUGUUGUCUUGGGGUUCUUUAGGUCGAUGUCGUGUAUUGGAGAUGUUUUGAAAUACCUCUACAAAGCUGACAUUUUGGAGUUUUUGGCUAGUUUGUUGGAAAAAUAUGUGCCAUCGAAGUCCAACUAUAAGGAAGUGAUCAACAAUCUUGCGCCACUUAUUUACAAUUGCCUUUCCCUAAAUCAUGCAAAGGAAGUUGAGUUUGUCAAAUUGGGAGCACUUCCGCAUUUGAGGUCUCUAUCUUUGGUCAAACUACCUUUUCGGCAAUUUAUAUUGCCCAUUAUGUGUGAGUUGGUCUAUUGCGGCAAGUCUAUCAGGGCAAAGUUGAGAUCGUGCGAUAUCCUUGGAUUGUAUUUUAACUUGCUACUUGAUCCAUAUUGGCAAUCGAAUGCAUUGGAAUCACUAUAUGCUUGGUAUCAAAUGAGCCCAAGACACGUUAAACUUGACGGGCCCCAAGCAAAUAGCUGUUUAGCUGCUGGAUUUCUUUUACCCAACGUUGCUAGUUUAGAAUCAGUUCUUGAUGUUUACUUGAAAUUAAUGACCAUGGACGCUACGUUGGUUAGAACUAUGCUGGAGGUGAAUAUAGUUGAAAACAUUGUGGUGAAAUUGAAAUAUCAUCAUCAACAUCCGGUGAUACAGGUGCUGUUAUUGAAGAUCUUGAAGCAUAUACUAAUGAAUGUGGUGAUUGCAGGAUUCAAUCGUCCAAACGAGAAGGAAAAAGAGGUGAUAGGACAAGUUGUCGAAUUAUUGCAAGGUUUACCUUUACGUCAAACCUCGCUUUUGGUGGGUGAAAUCUCCACUGAGAUUUUGCAUUUGCUUCAACGCGGAAAUUAA